AUGUCUGAAACCAUGCAAAAUGCGGGUGCUAGACCCGUCAACUUCAGCCCUUCAACUGCUCAUCAUCGAGCAUCGCCUCCUCAUCAUGACUCCUUCUCCGGCAACUCUCGCUCUCUGGACGAACUCAUGAUCCUGAAGCCCUACUUUGCCGGCCAGCCCAAGUCACUCUCCGGUAUCGCUCUUCGAGCUUUCUGCCUCGGUAUUACCUUGGCUUGUAGUGCUAUCUCUAUGGGGGCCAUUCUGUGCUUGACUUCUAGCCCUGCUUGGCGUGUUCCGUUCUUCCUCUUUGCACUCUCGGCUUUUCACUUUCUCGAGUUUUGGACUACAGCUGAGAAGAACACACUUGUGGCUAGCAUUGGAAGUUUUCUUCUGACCGCAAACUGGCCAGGCUACGCCAUCGCUCAUUCAGCUGCGUUUAUCGAGUGUGCCAUUGUUAAUCUCUUCUUCCCUAAUCGACACUGGGCACCCUAUGGUACCGGUCCUAUCCUUCUGCUCCUCGGCCUUGCCAUGGUCACUGCUGGACAGUACGUCCGCUCAGUGGCCAUGUUGCAAGCUGGAGCCAGCUUCAACCAUCAUGUCCAGACCAGGAAGAAGGAUUCCCACGAGCUGGUGACUUCAGGCAUCUACUCAAUCUUCCGCCACCCAAGCUACUUUGGAUUCUUUUACUGGGGACUGGGAACACAGCUAGUAAUGGGCAACAUUCUGUGCUUUUUUGCCUAUGCGGCUGUUCUCUGGAUGUUCUUCAGCAAGCGAAUUAAACACGAGGAGGCCAAGUUGAUCGAGUUCUUCCAAGAUGAUUAUGUACAAUAUCGGAAGAGAGUGGGAACAAAGAUUCCUUUCAUUGCUUAG